GUAUUUUUCUGUCUUCCAUGUCCCAAGUCGAGUUUAUCUACAGCAAGCACCGGCUGCGCGAGUUCUGCCUAAUCGAAACACAGGGCUCUCUUGAAACAGAUGCCCCUGCUGGCCUGCGCGCCCAACAGCGGUUUGGCGAAAUCCAGCGCAAUGCGGACGGCUCUGUGAAGAUGGUUAUCGGUAUCCACCAUGCAAACGGCUCGGUCGUCAAGCUAAAGAACCCGUUGGCAGUUGUGCGCAAGAGACCAGCGGAAGAAAAUGAUGGCUCGGCUGAUAUCCAGUACGAUAUUGUGGCAGUGCUCAAGGAGAAGUUUUUGUUCAAGUCGCGGCCCGAUGUGGUCUUGCAAAGAGAGAUCCUGAACUUGCCGACUGUAUGAGGUUUUUGCUGGGUGUCGAUAUUGCAAAAUAAAAUAUAUCACAUGUAUGCUGCUGCAUAUACUGGCCAUUGUCGUUAGAAUAUAGCUCAUGUGCGCGAAUGGGUAACAAGGUAU